CCUUCAUCAGAGAGCAGCGUCACUUGCUACAGCUCCGCCCUGUUUGCCAUCUGGUGAUUUGACUGACAUUUGCUCCCAGCGCAUCACGGAUAAGACAUCAUUGCCUCUGGUUCCCAGUGCUUUAGAGACAAGACAAUUCACCACUGAACUUGGCUCCAAUUGAUUCAGAGAUCAAACACUACAGACAUUGCCACUAGUUCCUUAUCUCCAGGAAUAACACAUCGCAUCGAGAUGAAGGUGUCCCUCGCUUUCCUCGUCGCCAUCAUUGGUUUCGGUUUGGUAGCCGCCGAAGACAGCCUUGAAGAGAGGCUGCAGAUGGCACUGAAAAGGCUGCUUCAAAAAGAUGAGGACCUGGACCUUGAGAGUCGUGACACCAGGCAUGAGUGUCGAAUGGCCACCAGGUACUGCAACGAUCGUGGCGAAUGUGUUGAAGACGGCCGAGGAGGGUGGUAUUGCCAAUGCACGCUACCUUACAUAGUCGGUGGAUCAGACUCGUCCUGCCAACUACCCGAGGGCAAGACAGAAGAGACCCUGGAGACCCGAGACAGCUUUGCCACUUGCGAAAGGGACACCAACAAAUGCGACGGCCACGGCAAAUGUCGAAAUAGCACGAUCGGCAGGAGCUACAUCUGUCUCUGUGACACUGGUUACGUGAGUAACGCAUACGGUGGUUGCUCAGAGGUCGAUGCCCGCGAGAUCGAGUACCUCUCCAACGUUGCUCGCGACGUAGAACUCGAGAUGUUGACCCGUGACACUUUGGGUAGGUGCAAAUCGGAUACCUACAACUGUGACGAUUUCGGUCAGUGUAAGACGAAGGAAUUCGGACGAAACGCAGGAGAGUACAUCUGCGUGUGCAAUGACGGCUACAAGAACAACCUGUACGGUGGAUGUUCACCCAAAACAGAACGUGAGAUGGAGUACUUUUCCAUGAUUGCCCGCGACCAGGAACUGGAAAUGCAGGCCCGAGACACCUUGGCACGUUGUAACAGUGACACCAAGAACUGCGAUGGCUUUGGAGAGUGCAAGAAGAGUGUCGUCGGAAGAACAUUCACCUGCCGCUGCAAUGAAGGUUACCGGAACAACCGGUAUGGUGGAUGCUCACCAAAGUCAAAUGAUCAAGACAAAGGUGGUGAGAACGAGCGAGAGUUCAAACUGGACAUUCUAAGACGUCUGGCCAAACUGCUUGCGGAAUAAAUAUUGCGACGCCCUCUCUGUUGGCUUCGGAGAAAUCGGGCAUUCAUCCACUUCCAUUUCUUUUUUUUCUAAAUAACUCUAGUUCUAAACAAGAGGAUCAAUCGUUGAGAGUAAACUGUUCACUGGAUGUACCAUUUGUAUUAAUGUGACUGUAGCGUUUGCGAAAUAAAAUGUAAAACAUUGA